AGUCGGAUGGAAGUGAGAAAGAAAGAAAAGGACAAACUUUCUUCUAAAAUUAAAACCAUCCAGAAGGAUAAGAAGGAACUGGAAAAUCAAUUAACAGCUGUGAAUGAAGAGAAAGAACAUUUCCAAUCUCGCGCUGACAGAAUGGAAGAGGGGAGAGAUGAUUUGUCGGCUCAGCUUAGUGAGACUCGCAAACAAUACCAGGAAUUGGACGAGGGAUUCGCGGCUGUGUAUGCGGAGAAACAAGAACUGCACGUUCGUACUAUCAGCUUGGAGAAUGAGAAAGACGAACUUUCAGCUCAGCUCAGGUUUUCUUUAUGCGAUGAUGAUGAUCAACAAAUAAAUGGGCUCAUCACCCAACCUACCAUCAAGCUGCUCUCAAGUUUCUUUAUUGCUGCCUUAUCCGUAUUACGACAAAUGGCGACGAGGAUGGGAUACGGAUGUUUGUGGAUCAUCGCAGAUUAUCGCAGAUGCUACGACUGA